AUGACUACAACAGUACCCAAAAUCUACUCGUUCCCCGAAUUUGGCAGUGUGGCCGAGGCUGUGGCCGAUCAUAUUAUUGCUGCACAGAAUCAUGCCUUGUUUGGAGACAGCGACAAGAAGCAAGAUAGAUCCAAUUCUACAGGCUCGGCCAUGACCACGAAUACCACUGCGUCUUCCUCAAACUCGGCCUCCACCACAAAUAUAGCAGGUACUCCCAGCAAUCCUGCGAAUAGUUCCAAGAAGAAGAAAAAAGAGGUAGUGAAACGCUUCAAGAUUGGUCUAAGUGGUGGUUCUCUUAUCCAGGUGUUGCACGAAGGUCUAUUGAAAAGAGAUGACGUUUUGUGGGAUCGCUGGGAUGUCUAUUUUGCAGACGAGAGACUGGUGCCUUUUGAGAGCACCGAAUCGAACUACGGAAAAAUCAAGAGGAAACUGUUUGAUCAGAUCCCAGAGGGCAAAGGUAAGCCCAAAGUGUUUCCAAUCGAUGAAUCCCUCAUAAACGAUCCACAGGAGUGCGCAGACAACUACGAAAAGUGUUUGAUUCGCGGAUUCGCCAACAAGGACUCCGUGAAGAAACCCAUGUUUGACCUGGUGCUUUUGGGUUGUGCCCCAGAUGGCCAUAUUGCAUCCCUGUUCCCAAACCAGCCAACCCUGAGGGAAAACUUUGCAUGGGUUGUUCCGGUAGAAGAUGCACCUGUUGGGCCAGCGAAAAGAAUCACUCUGACUAUUCCAGUUAUAUGCCAUGCCCACAGAGUUACAUUUGUGGUAGAAGGUCAGACCAAAGCACCAGUCAUAAAGACGAUAAUGGAGAGGCCCGAUAAAGGUCUCCCCAGUAGUAUUGUCAAUGAAGGAGCGGCGGGCAGGGUUUCAUGGUUUGUGGAUGAUGAUGCCCUGCACGAUGUGUUUGUGACGAAAAAAAGGUAUAAGUUUUUGGUGGAUCCUCCUCAGAAGUGA